AUGGUUGGUGGACGUGGUCGUGGUCAUCGAGGACAGGUUCCGAUUAAGGAAGUCCCGCACCGUGAUCGUAAUAUUCAGGAUGUGACGAUUGAAGAUUUGCAGAGACAAGUUACGGAGUUAACCCAACGUUUGGUGGAACAGGAGUUCGGUAAUCAUGAUGUGGAAGGUCACGAUUCUGAUACCAGUUUCGAAAACCCAUAUCACCAUCGUGCUCGAGUUUGGGAGCAUCGUGGACGGGAGGAUCGUCAUGUAGAUCUUGGUUUCAGAGUGGAUCUACCCGAGUUUUCUGAUUGUGUUAAAGUGAAACUAGUCGCCAUCAAACUCAAAGGUAGGGCAUCUGCAUGGUGGGAACAGUUGAAGCGCUCACGGGAGCGACAAGGGAAAUCCAAAAUUACUAACUGGGAGAAGAUGAAGAAGAAGAUGAGAGGGCACUUCCUCCCUUUCGGCUAUACUCAAACCUUAUUUCAGAGGCUCCAUUCACUAAGGCAAGGUGCAAGAUCAGUCAAUGAUUAUACUGAAGAAUUCUAUCAGUUGGUGGCUCUGAAUGAUUUAUCUGAAACGGAGGAACAGAUGGUAGCACGGUAUUUGGAGGGAUUAAGGCAGCCCCUGCAGGAUGUUCUUAGCCUUCAUUCAUUGUGGACAGUUUCCGAGGCAUAUCAGCGAGCACUUGCAGUAGAGAAACAGCAAAGUAGGAGGCCAGUGGUCAGAGGUGAAGGAAGUCAGCCAGUUCGCCCUCAAGAAUCUCGUCCUGCUUAUCAGCCACAGCGGGAUAGUUCCAUCUCAAGUAUUAAGUGCUUUAGGUGUGGUGAACAGGGGCAUAGGGCGACUGAUUGCAGGAAGCCUGCUGGUCAGAAGAAUAAAAAUCUUCUGAUUGAGGAGGAUAUGAUAGAGGAGUUUGAGGAAGUUGGGGAACCCUUGUAUGAUGAGGGUGUAGAUGAGGACGUGCUAUAUGGAGAUGGUCAGGAGACCCUGGUUGUUCGAAUGAGCCUGCUGACUCCCAAGGGCGACUCAAGGGAUGAUUGGUUGAGGACCAACAUUUUCCACACAACCUGCACAGUUGCUGAUAAAGUCUGUAAGCUGAUAAUUGAUAGUGGCAGUUGUGAGAAUGUAGUGUCUGAGGAGGCUAUCGAGAAACUACAACUGAAGAUGGAUCGUCAUCCCAAACCAUACAAGUUGUCUUGGCUGAAUAAAGGCAGUGAGGUAACGGUAGAAAAACGAUGCUUAGUGUCUUUCUCAAUUGGAAAAAAAUAUUUUGAUAAUGCUUGGUGUGAUGUGGUAUCAAUGGACGCCUGUCAUGUUUUGUUAGGACGACCUUGGCAGUAUGAUCGCAGUGUUAUCCAUGAUGGGCAGAAGAAUACUUAUUCUCUUAGUAUCAAAGGAAAGAGAAUUGUUUUGGUGCCUCCCAGGGAAGGAAACAUCCCUACCCCGAUAGUUAAAAACCCCAAUCUACUUUCUAUGUCCAGGUUUUUGAUUGAGAUUGGGCGUGAAAAAAUAGUUUAUGCUUUAAUGCCUCGUGAAAAUAGUACGACGAGUGUGGAUUCAGAAUUUCCAGCAGAAGUACAGCAACUACUGAUGGAGUUUUCUGACUUGAUGCCAGAGGAUCUUCCUCCAGGAUUACCACCUAUGAGGGACAUUCAACAUCAGAUCGACCUCAUUCAGGGGUCGAGUCUACCAAACCGACCAGCAUAUCGCCUCAGUCCCAAGGAAGCUGAAGAGUUGCAGCGACAGGUGGUAGAAUUAUUGGAAAGGGGCUACAUUCGUGAGAGUAUGAGUCCUUGUGCAGUUCCUGCUCUCCUAGUAUCGAAGAAAGAUGGGUCAUGGCGUAUGUGUGUCGACAGCAGGGCAAUUAACAGGAUUACAGUGAAGUACAGGUUUCCAAUUCCCCGUCUGGACGACAUGUUUGAUCAAUUGUCCAGUUCUAAGGUUUUCUCAAAAAUUGACCUUAAAAGUGGAUAUCACCAGAUCAGAAUCAGACCUGGAGAUGAGUGGAAGACCGCGUUCAAGACACAGCAUGGGUUGUACGAGUGGAUGGUCAUGCCCUUUGGACUAUCCAACGCACCCAGCACUUUUAUGAGGUUUAUGCAUCAGGUUUUACGGCCUUUCAUGGGGAAAUUUGUGGUAGUUUAUUUUGAUGACAUACUUAUUUAUAGUCUGACAUGGGAGUCACAUUUUAAUCAUCUUCGUGCUGUCUUUGAUGUAAUGAGGACGGAGCGCGUAUUCGUCAAUCAGAAUAAGUAUCAAUCCAAAAUUGAGGCAGUUUUGAAUUGGCCGAAACCAAAAACUUUGCACGAUGUCAGGAGUUUCCAUGGAUUGGCAUCCUUCUAUCGUCGAUUCAUCAGAAACUUUAGUACCUUGAUUGCUCCCAUCACAGAGUGCCUUAAAGGGCGUGAUUUUCAGUGGACUGAGGAGGCAAAGGCUAGCUUUUAG